AUGAAGUUUUUGCUAUUUACUGUUUUGUUAUAUUGUGCUGUGAAAUGUGACGAUGUUGGGAACAAUUACUAUGUCAUCGAAAUACCGGACGACGUGCCAGUCAACGACAAGAAGCCGUUCAAAGUUUAUUGGAAUGUACCAACGAUACAGUGUCAAUCAAAAAAGAUACCCUUCAAUGAUUUAUAUGAAAAAUAUGGUAUAAUUCAGAAUGAAGGAGAUGAAUUUCGAGGAAAAGAAAUAACGAUUUUGUACGAACCUGGUUUAUUUCCUGCGAUAUUUAAGAAUGAGACCAGUGGGAAGUAUAGGUUUCGGAACGGUGGAGUUCCACAGGAGGGCAGUAUGGAAGAACAUUUGAAAGUAUUUAAAAAGGAUAUGGAAGAGAUUGUUCCUGAUCCAAAUUUUAGUGGUUUAGGCAUAAUCGACUUUGAGUCUUGGCGUCCGAUUUUUCGGCAGAAUUUCGGCACACUGGUACCGUAUAAGGACGUAUCCAUUGAAAUUGAAAAGAAGUUACAUUGGUGGUGGCCUAAAACUUGGAUACAGAAUGAGGCACAACGUCGUUUUGAAGAAGCCGCUCGAACAUUCAUGCAGACCACUCUGUCAAUCGCAAAACAAAUGAGGCCUAAAGCUUUAUGGGGCUACUACGGCUUUCCCCAUUGCUUUAACAUGGCGAGUGUAUCAAAUAUGAAUGAAAACUGCCCUAAAAAUGUCAUCACUGAGAACAAUGUAACCUAUUGGCUUUGGUUAGAAAGCACAGCGUUGUAUCCUUCUGUGUACAGUUCUCGUAAUCUGUCAUCUUCGCAGUUAGGAUUACUGGUUCGAGGCCGGGUUGAAGAAGCAUAUAGAGUAAAACGGUAUGAUACGCCUAUUUUACCCUAUUUCUGGUUUCGUUAUAGAGAUGGAGGAUUUAUGAAAGAGGAAGACUUAGCAGUUGUUCUCCAAUCAUUACACAAAUCAAAUGCAUCCGGUUUUAUUAUAUGGGGAAGUUCAAAUGACGUGAAUACUGUAAGCAAGUGCCAAAAGCUACAUGAUUAUGUAGAAAGAGUAUUAGGACCAACAAUUGCAAAAUAUAUACAAAAAAUCAACAGACAAGAUGAUGAUCAAGUUGAAACACUAACGGAAAGUAACAUUGACGAUUUCAAUGAAACAUUGUCAAGUAUUGAUGAUAUAAUGAUUACUACAGAUGCUAGUAUUGUCAAUGAAACGAAUGACAAUAACAACUUAAACGAAUUUAUUAGAAGAAUUCAAUUUGAUCCUGAAUUUGAUUGGUUACCACCAGAAAAUUACUCUCAAGAUAUAUCUCAAAAUGUCGAAGAAGAACUGUUAAGGAAGGGGUAUAAUAGCACCGAUAAUAAAGGUAUUGAAUUAAAGACUUUAAAUGAAAGUGCUGUAGCCGAUACAAUUAUUGAUGCACUCUUAAAUACUGAAUAUUCUAAAGAAAAUAAUCAACAAAAUAUUAGGGAUAUGGAAAAUGGAACAACAACUACCACUAGCUUAAAUACUACUACAAGUGAAUAUACAGAAUCGUCAAAACUAAGUAAUGAUGAAAAUCUGUAUACAACAGAAGAACCUGUUAAUUUCAUCAAUAAAUUUCUAAGAACAGAAAUUGUUACAAAUAAUAUUUUAAGUAGUACCCCAAAAUAUAACUCGGAAACUUUAAUUCACGAUGUUCAAAAAUAUACUGAUAAAAUAGAUAAAAUUUUAGACGUAAAUAUCACUGCUGAAGUUGGUUUAAAUUCUUCAACAGAAAGUCAAUCUGUCAAUACCUUUUCAGACGGUACGUAUAAAAAAGAGUUCACGAAUACAGACAAUUACAUGUCAAAAGAAAAUAACUCACUUAGUCACGAUUUGUUAAAAGAAAUUCAAACUAAUAGUGAGGAAAUACAUCUUAAAAAUAUCAAUGAAAAUAUGCUAAUUAAUCUUAUUUUUAAUGCCUUAAUGAAACACAAUAUUAUUGAUGAAAAUUAUAAACAAUCUGUUUAUACAGAUCUUCAAAAUUCGGACAGUACUAAAAGUAUGCAGCUUAUAGAAAAAACAAAUGCGCAAAGAGAAGAAAUAUAUUUUGUUACAACACCAAAAUCGAUAAGAGUAGCCAGAGAUGAUUCAAUACAAAGUGAUUUAGGAAAAAGUUUUGAAAACUUAGAAAUAGCUAAAGAUAUAAUUACAGAUAUUACAAGUACUACGGAUACUCCGUCUACAGCAAAAAAAGAUAAAUCGUUUGAUUUAAUUUCUUCAGAUGAUACGCUAUUAAACAGAGAUUUUAAAAAUGUAAGUACAGAACUAGACGACUUUUUGAUAGUUUUAAAAAAAUAUUCUGAGCCUAAAUCUGAUACAACUACUCAAAAUAAUAUCAAACAAAUUGAUUACGAAAAUGAUUACUUAAUAAUAUUAUCAGUUAAUAUGACUGAUACAACAAUUGCAAAUGCAACAAGUGGCAUAAAUGAUAAGGAUCAAAAUGUUGAUGAAAGUAUAAUAGAAAAUCUAAGUGCAAUAAGCGUAAAUGACAGUUUAAGUAAUAUUAAUAGUGAAGAAAGUACAGUAAGUAGUCAGACGGAGUCAAGUACUGACAUUUUUGUGACAAACAGUGAAAACAGUGAACGUUCAAAAGUAAACACAGAUGUUGUAACAAAUGAUAUUUUAAGUAAUACCUCAAAGUUCAAUUCGGAAACUUUAAUCCACGAUGUUCAAAAAGAUUCUGAAAAAACAGAUAACAUUUUAGACGUAAAGAUCACUACUGAAGUUAGUUUAAAUUCUGCAACAGAAAAUCAAUCUACCAAUACCUUUUCAGACGAUCCUUAUAAUAAAGAGUUCACGAAUACAGAAAAUUACAUGUCAAAAGAAAACUCACUUAGUAACGAUUUGUUAAAAGAUAAUCAAACUAAUAGCGAGAAAAUACGUCUUAAAAAUAUCAAUGAAAGUAUGGUAAUGAAUCUUAUUUUUAAUGCCUUAAUGAAACACAAUAUUAUUGAUGAAAACAAUAAACAAUCUGUUUAUACGGAGCUUCAAAGUUCAGACAAUACUAAAAGUACGGAACUUACAGAAAAAACAAAUGCGCAAAGAAAGGAAAUAUAUUUUGUUACAACACCAAAAUCAAUAAGAGAAGUAGCCCCUAAUAAUUUGACUCAAAGUGAUUUAGAAAACUUAGAAAUAGCUAAAGGUAUAAUUAUAGAUAUUCGGAGUACUACGGAUACUCCAAUUAUAGCAAAGGAAGAUGAAUCUUUUGGCUUAAUUUCUUCUGAAGAUAAGUUAUCAAACAGAGAUAUCAAAAAUGUAGGUACACAAAUAGACGACUUUUUGAUAGUUUUAAAAAAUUAUUCUGAGCCUAAGCCCGAUAUAACUAAUCAAAAUAAUAUCAAACAAAUAGAUUACGAAAAUGAUUACUUAAUAAUAUUAUCAGUUACUAUGAAUGACACAACAAGUGCAAAUGCAACAAGUGGCAUAAAUGAUGAGGAUCAAAAUGUUGAUGAAAGUGCAAUAAAAAAUCGAAGUGAAAUAAGUGAAAAUGACAGUCUAAGUAAUAUUAAUAGUGAGGAAAACACAAUAAGUAGUCAGACGGAGUCAAGUACUGAUAUUUUUGUGACAAACAGUGAAAACAGUGAACAUUUAAAUGUAAGCACAGAUGUUAAUGAAGUGAGUGAUUCCACAACGGAGGCUACAGUGGAUCAAGUGGUAACAUAUAUUUACUAUGUU